UUCACUUUUUCCGCUCAAAUAUAUAUAAAAAAAGAAAACUAAAAGAGGGAAGAAAACAUGAUUUUGCAGUAAGAAAAGCACAUUACCGAUGUCAUAUAUACGAGGAGAAUGAUGAUGAGUGGUGACAGGGAAGAAGCAUGAGAGAGAAAUACAGACAAAGAAAGGUAUUUUCUUCGAGGAACAGCAAUGGGAGCUCGUUGUUUCUACUUUUCUUUUUGUGGGUGGUCUAGUUUGAAAUCCAACGAUACGCAUCCAUCUGAUUUGGAGAACGGUGGUGGGGAUAGCGAUAAGCUAAAGCUGCCAGCUUUUAGAGAGUACAAGUUAGAUCAACUUAAAGCUGCUACCGGCGGGUUUUCUGUCGAUAAUAUUGUCUCUGAACAUGGUGAAAAGGCGCCUAAUGUUGUGUACAAAGGAAAGCUCGAAGAUGAUGAUCGUUUGAUCGCUGUUAAAAGGUUCAACAAGUCUGCUUGGCCUGAUACUCGCCAAUUCCUGGAUGAAGCAAAAGCAGUGGGGCAACUUAGGAGCCUAAGAUUAGCCAAUUUAUUGGGAUGUUGCUGUGAAGGAAAUGAAAGAUUGCUAGUGGCAGAGUUCAUGCCUCAUGAAACUUUAUCCAAACAUCUCUUUCAUUGGGAAACCCAACCUUUAAAAUGGGCCAUGCGAUUAAGGGUGGCUCUCUAUUUGGCACAAGCACUAGAUUACUGCAGCACAAAAGGCCGAUCUCUGUAUCACGAUCUUAAUGCUUACAGAGUCUUGUUUGAUCAGGAUUGCAACCCCAGGCUUUCAUGCUUUGGCCUAAUGAAGAACAGCCGAGAUGGAAAAAGUUACAGUACAAACUUAGCUUUCACCCCACCCGAAUACAUGAGAACCGGUAGAGUCAUAGCAGAAAGUGUAAUUUACAGUUUUGGCACCAUUCUGCUUGAUCUUUUGAGUGGAAAACACAUUCCUCCAAGCCACGCACUUGAUUUGAUAAAAGGGAAGAAUUUUCAGAUGCUAACAGAUUCAUGUUUAGAGGGUCAUUUUACUAAUGAUGAUGGAACUGAAUUGGUAAGGAUAGCAUCACGAUGUUUGCAGUAUGAACCUCGAGAGAGGCCCAGUGCCAAAUCAGUUGUGGCUGCUCUUGCUCCUCUUCAGAAACAAACAGAUAUUUCUUCGCUUGUCUUGAUGGGAAUUAAUGACGAAUCUUCACCAGCAACACAGAUAUCCAACCUGUCGCCACUUGGCGACGCUUGCUCGAGACUAGAUUUAACUGCCAUACACGAGAUACUUGAAAAGAUCGGAUAUAGUGGCGAUGAAGGGGUUACGGAUGAGCUCUCCUUCCAAAUGUGGACAAGUCAACUUCAAGAUACUUUAAAUGGUAAGAAACGUGGGGACAACGCUUUUCGAGCUAAGGACUUCAACACUGCCAUCGAAUCUUACACAGGCUUCAUCGAGAGUGGGACCAUGGUGUCACCAACUAUGUAUGUGAGAAGGUGUUUGUGUUAUUUGAUGAAUAAUAAGGGACAAGAAGCGUUGGGAGAUGCGAUGCAAGCACAGGUGAUAUCGCCUGAUUGGUCGAUUGCGCUUUAUCUGCAAGCAGCUGCUUUGUUUAGCCUAGGAAUGGACAAUGAUGCACGUGAAACACUUAAAGAUGCGGUUUCAUUGGAUCCCGAAAUGAGGGGGAAUUAAAAUUGUGUUGUGUUUUUUUUUUUUUUAUGUUGCUAGGAAUGUUGUUUGUAGUUGUGGAUAUGUGAA